AUGUCUUCCUUUCUUUUUUCUUUCUUUUCUUUUCUUCUUUCUUUCUUCCUUUUUCUUUUUUCCUCCCUUCCUUCUUUUCUUUCUUUCUCAUCUUUCUCUUUUUCUUUCUUUCUUUCUUUCUUUCUUUCUUUCUUUCUUUCUUUCUUUCUUUCUUCCUUCCUUCCUUCCUUCUUUCUUUCUUUCUUUUUCUUUCUCAUCUUUCUUUCUUUCUUUCUUUCUUUUCCCAUCCUUCUUUUCUUUCUUUCUCUUCUUUCUUUUUUUCCUCCCUUCUAUCUUUUUUCUUUCUUCUUCUUUUUCUUUCUUUCUUUCUUUCUUUCUUUCUUUCUUUCUUUCUUUCUUUCUUUUCUUCUUUCUUUCUUCCUUCCUUCUUUUUCCUCCCUUCCUUCUUUUCUUUCUUUCUCUUCUUUCUUUCUUUCUUUCUUUCGCCCUUCCUUCCUUCUUUCCUUCUUUCUUUCUUUCUUUUUCUUUCUUUCUUUUCUUUUUUCCUCCCUUCCUUCUUUCUUUCUUUCUUUCUUUCUUUCUUUCUCUUCUUUCUUUCUUUCUUUCUUUCUUUCUUUCUUUCUUUCUUUUUUCCUCCCUUCUAUCAUUUUUCUUUCUUUCUUUCUUUCUCCCUUCUUUCUUUCUUUCUUUCUUUCUCCUGUAGGUCCCUGCAUUUCCCCGAUUAUUUUCUUUGCUUUCAUUUUCCUCAUUAUCUACUUUCUGUUAAAUCGAUUUUACGUCAUUCAUUUUUCUCCCUCUUAA